CAGCUGUCAUUUUUCCUACACGUGCUGCGACCGUUUGGUGAUUUUUAUUUAUUGUGAUUUUCUGGAAUUCAAAUUAAAUAAUGGCAAAAAACCAAAUUAAAAGAAAAGCAACUGUCUUUGUUGAAAAGAAAAAAGGCAAAGAUACCGUAGUCAAAUCUGCAGACGAGGACGAAGAGGACUUGGAACAGGAUCUCUUGCAAAAAAUUUCAAAUCAAGAUCAAGAUAGUACGGAUGAUGAAGGUGUAAAUGAGAACUAUCAAUCAGAUGAAAGUGAUGAAUUGGAAUUUGAAAGUGACGAGGAAGGCAAUUAUGCAUCUAAAUGGGAUGAAGGAAUUGAGUCGGAAAACAACAGCUUUGAUGAGGAAGAGUCCGCAGAGGAAGGUUCCGAAGAAGAAGGUUCAGAAGGAGAGGAUGAAAUAAACGAAUCAGAUAUAGAAGAUAUAUCGGAAGAAGAUAAUGAUCACAACUCGGAUGAAAGUGGAGAUGAUUUUGGUGAUGAAAGCGACAAUGAUGGUAAUACAAAGGCGACUACCAAGAAAAAAACAGAAAAUAAUAUAAGCAAGGAGGAAAACUCUCCAAAGCCUACCACAUCUAAAGCGGCAAAAAAGGCGCUUGACGCGCAAACCCCUGGAACAAGCCAAGCGCUAAACAACUUCCAGAAGGAACUCAAAGACACGAAAGAAACCCAUGCCGUCUCAGACAAAAAAACGGAAUAUGAAGAUUCUGAUACCUCAGAUGAAGAAGACAUACGAAAUACUGUGGGCAACAUUCCGAUGCGUUGGUACGAUGAAUACAAACACAUUGGUUAUGAUUGGGAUGCAAAGAAAAUUAUUAAACCACCCAAGGGUGAUCAAAUCGAUGACUUUUUGCGUAAAAUCGAAGACCCUGACUUUUGGCGCAGUGUAAAAGAUCCACAAACCGGACAAGAAGUUGUACUCACUGAUGAAGAUAUUGCACUUAUUAAACGCAUAAAUUCGUCGCGCGUACCCAAUCCAGUACAUAACGAAUAUGAAAAUUGGAUAGAGUGGUUCACAUCCGAAGUGGAACGUAUGCCUAUUAAAAACGUUCCCGAUCACAAACGUUCCUUUCUGCCAUCUUCAUCGGAACGAAAGAAGGUUUCGCGUAUGGUACACGCCAUUAAAAUGGGUUGGAUGAAAACUACGGAGGAGGUGGAGCGCGAAAAGAAAGCUGCACGCGGACCGAAAUUCUAUAUGCUCUGGGAAACCGACACCAGUCGAGAGCAAAUGCGACGCGUACAUGAUCCGGUGUCGGCACCGAAACGUGAUUUGCCCGGCCAUGCUGAGUCUUAUAAUCCACCACCAGAAUAUCUGUUUGAUGAAAAAGAAGAGAAAGAGUGGUUGAAGCUGAAGGAUGAGCCACACAAGCGGAAACUACAUUUCAUGCCGCAAAAGUACAAGUCUUUGCGCGAGGUACCUGCUUAUCCACGCUAUAUACGUGAACGUUUCUUGCGUUGUCUGGAUCUGUAUUUAUGUCCACGUGCAAGACGCACCAGAUUAAACAUAGAUGCUGAAUAUUUGAUACCAAAAUUGCCUUCACCAAAGGACUUACAACCUUUCCCAACAGUGGAAAGUUUGGUAUAUCGAGGACACACUGAUUUGGUGCGUUCAAUUAGUGUUGAACCCAAGGGAGAAUACGUUGUUUCAGGAUCGGAUGACAAAACCCUCAAAAUUUGGGAAAUCGUUACUGGUCGUUGUAUACGCACAAUAGAGACUGACGAAGUGGUGCGUUGUGUUGCUUGGUGUCCAAAUGCUAAGUUGUCUAUUAUUGCAGUUGCUUCUGGCAAUAGAUUGCUUUUGAUAAAUCCGAAAGUAGGUGAUAAAAUGCUUGUGAAGAAAACAGACGAUUUGUUAGCCGAAGCACCAAAAAUUGAUACAAUGGAAAGUGAGCGUAUUAAGACGGCUGUGCAAUGGUCCGUUCCUGAAAAAGAGGAACAAGAGAAAGGCGUGCGCUUAGUCAUUACACAUUUUAAGCCCAUCCAACAAGUAACGUGGCAUGGACGUGGAGACUAUGUAGCUACGGUUAUGCCAGAGGGUGCAAAUCGUUCAGCGCUUAUUCAUCAGCUAUCUAAACGUCGUUCUCAGAUUCCAUUCUCCAAGAGUAAAGGUCUUAUACAAUGUGUGCUGUUCCAUCCAAUCAAACCAUGCUUGUUUGUGGCAACCCAACACAAUGUGCGUAUUUAUGAUUUAGUAAAACAAGAGCUAAUAAAGAAGUUGCUGACAAAUUCAAAAUGGAUAUCGGGCAUGGCCAUACAUCCAAAAGGCGACAACUUGCUGGUAUCUACAUAUGAUAAGAAAAUGUUAUGGUUUGAUUUGGAUCUUUCCACGAAGCCAUAUCAGACAAUACGCUUACACAGAAAUGCUGUGCGUAGUGUUGCUUUUCACUUACGCUAUCCGCUUUUUGCUUCAGCCAGUGACGAUCUAUCAGUGAUAGUUUCACACGGCAUGGUCUACAAUGACCUGCUGCAAAACCCAUUGAUUGUGCCUUUGAAAAAAUUGCAGACACAUGAGGCACGUGAGGAAUUUGGCGUGCUGGGUGUAGCUUGGCAUCCAGUGCAGCCGUGGGUAUUUUCAUCUGGUGCAGAUGCUACAAUUAGGCUAUAUACGUAGUUUAUUUUUUUUUUUAAUUUGUCAUUUUUUUAAUACUUAUAAUGCUAUAAAGUUAAUUAAAUGCAGUAAAAUAAUAGUUAAAUAUCAAUUGAAAUCUUUGAAAAAAUUUGGUCUUCUCAUCCUGCUUCUUUUGCCAUGAUAUCGAGCCCCAACCGCAAAAAUAACGUAAGGAACAUUUUUUUCCUAAAUUUCCUUUUGAUGCAGAAAUAUUCCUAGAGCAUCUAGAUGCAUUUCUGCAUCAAAAAGAAAAUUGUGAAGAAAUGUCACAUACGUAGUAACUGUUCUAAACUUACAAAAUUUCGGAAGAUCUAAUGAAAUAUAAAGCCAAACUUUUAAUAAUAA